UUUUUAAUAACUGUUUUCUUAGAGAUCCUCUACUUGGAGUGAAUUUGGAGAAAAAUGUGGCUUUAAAGCAGGAUGCAGCCCACGGUAGCAUUUCAAAUCCCAACUGUAUAUUUGGAGUGGAUCCAUGUCAAGCCUCAUUUGUUUCAGAGAAGAAAAAACCCAUGUUUCUUUCUAAGAAAUGGAGAAAUCUUCUUUGCAGGUGCAAGGCUUGCAUAGAAUUCUAUGUCCAAAAGGGCAUUGGCUAUCUAAUUGAUGAGGACUCAAUUGAGGAAUAUGAAAAGGUGGCAAAGGAAAAGAGGAAGGAGAAAUUGGAUCAACAGGAAGGAGUGGAGUUAAAUUUUCUCAGCAAACUUGGUCAUGUCCAAAAGAUUGAGAUUCUGAAUGGCAUUGCUGACAUGAAGAAUGAGCUCAGGUCCUUCAUGUUUCUUUUGUUUUACAGAACAAAGGUAUAUUUCAGCAGUGGGUGAUCCAGGCAUGAGAAGAGAUGGAUUGAGAGUGGCAUUUGAAGGCUGGAAUUUUUGCAAUGAAGUUGGCAAUGAAAUUCCUGAGAUGGGAAGUCCUAGAGCAGCUGACUGUUUUGAUUUCUUAAAUAAUUCUUUGGAGCAUAAAGUAACAGAAGAACAGAACAAACUUGGGAUAGGAAAAUCAUUCCCAGGUUUGAACCCAAAGGCUCUCAACAAUCCAGACUUUAAUGUGAUCAUUUGACAUAGCUGUUCUUAAGGGAAAAUCCCGACACAUUAAUCAGAUAUACUGCAUUUUUACAUACAUGUAUGGGUCAUGCAGUUCAAACUUGGCAAGCUGACAUUUAGUCAAUUCAUUUGCAUAGGAUGUCUUUUAUAUUCAUGAUACGUUGUUACUGGAUUCCAUGUUCAGCAUUUGUGAUUUUGUUGCCUAAUCAUUUAACUCUUGUUAGCUAUGAGUAAAGAGAAAAAAAGGAACUCCAUCAUUUUAGCUUUUAUACAGUCA